UUCAAGGUUGCCUGAGUUUUACCUAGUAGUGAGGGUCUAGCUGAUCGGGUUCUCAGAGCUGGCGGUGGCGAGGGGGCUCCUCCCGGGGUUCCCGAACCAGCAGACGUCGACCUCCUCCCCCCACCUUGAGCCCUUCGCUGCUGGGCGGGCCGCGGCCGGCUUUGAUACCUUGGCGUGGAGAGAGAGAGUCUUCAGCUGAGAAAGGAAGAGAAGAGUGGGUUGAGGGGCUCCGAAGAGGAAAGCGGAAGAUCUCUUCUCUGGGAGAGGGGACGAAGGGAUCGGUCGGGGUCCUGGGAGGAAGAAUGGUCGUCAUAGCCGUGCGUAUAGGAGGAGCUGAAGACGGAUCUUAGACAAGCAGUUCCACCUUCCCCAGACUAUUCCGAAGACAGUGUGUUUUUUUCUCAUGAUCUGAUUUCUGGCUCCGUGCUAUAUAUACCGUGUGGCCUGGGAGAGUUCAAAAUUUUUUUUUUCCCUGACGUAAAAGUGGAGAUGUUAAUUACCCAGGAACGUAUUGCUUGAGACUGUUCACCUGGAGCUGUAUUACUUGAAGAUAAUAUAUUGCUUGAGUGUAAUAAAGGAAAUUUAUACUCAGAGAGAAAAAUCAGCAGUAUCUGAAUAAAAGCAGAACAGGGGGCUGUUGCCACAACCAUAUGAUCAUCAGCUUUGCACUAACCUCUGGCCACCGUCUGUCGCUAAGAUGAGCAGCCACCAUUCUUCUCGUUUUGACCCUGAGCAUCGAGUCCGGAGCACGUUGAAGAAGGUCUUUGGGUUUGACUCUUUUAAGACGCCUUUACAGGAGAGUGCGACCAUGGCUGUAGUGAAAGGUGACAGGGACGUCUUUGUGUGCAUGCCCACAGGGGCAGGAAAAUCCCUGUGCUAUCAGCUCCCUGCCGUGUUGGCCAAAGGCAUCACCAUCGUCAUCUCUCCUCUCAUUGCUCUGAUUCAGGACCAAGUAGACCACCUGCUGGCCCUGAAGGUGCGAGUGCGUUCCCUGAACUCGAAGCUCUCGGCCCAGGAGAAGAAGGAGCUGCUCUGGGACCUGGAGCAAGAACAGCCCCGCACCAAACUUCUGUACAUUACUCCGGAGAUGGCGGCGUCCGCCUCCUUCCAGCCCACCCUCAACUCCCUGGUGUCCCGCCACCUGCUGUCCUACCUGGUGGUGGAUGAAGCCCACUGUAUUUCCCAGUGGGGACAUGACUUCCGUCCGGACUACUUGCGCCUGGGGGCCCUGCGCUCCCGCCUGGCGCGGGCCCCGUGUGUGGCCCUGACCGCCACAGCCACCCCGCAGGUCCAGGAGGACGUGUUUGCCGCCCUGCACCUGAAGCAGCCGGUCGCCGUCUUCAAGACCCCCUGCUUCCGGGCCAAUCUGUUCUACGACGUGCAGUUCAAGGAGCUGCUGCCUGACCCCUACAGGAACCUGCGGGACUUCUGCCUCAAGGCUCUCGGACAGAAGACCGAUCAAGGGUUGUUUUCCGGCUGCGGCAUUGUCUACUGCAGGACCCGAGAGGCUUGUGAACAGCUGGCCAUAGAGCUCAGUUCCAGGGGCUUGAAUGCCAAGGCCUACCACGCAGGGCUGAAGGCUGCUGAGAGAACGCUGGUGCAGAGCGAGUGGAUGGAGGAGAAAGUCCCCAUAAUCGUCGCGACCAUUAGUUUCGGGAUGGGCGUGGACAAAGCCAAUGUCAGGUUUGUCGCCCACUGGAACAUUGCCAAGUCUAUGGCUGGGUACUACCAAGAGUCCGGCCGGGCGGGCAGGGACGGGAAGCCUUCCUGGUGCCGCCUGUAUUACUCCAGGAACGACCGGGACCAGGUCAGCUUCCUGGUCAGGAAGGAGGUAGCGAACCUCCAGGAGAAGAGAGGGAACAAAGCAUCGGAUAAAGCUGCUCUCUUGGCCUUCGAUGCCCUGGUGAACUUCUGUGAAGAGCCGGGGUGCCGCCAUGCCGCCAUUGCCAAGUACUUCGGGGACGCGCCCCCCGCCUGCACCAAAGGCUGCGACCACUGCCAGGAUCCCGCGGCCGUGCGGAAGCAGCUGGACACCUUGGAGCGUGCGAGCAGCUGGAGCAGGACCUGCAUCCAGCCCUCCCAGAAGAACGGCUUCGACCCUGAGCUGUACGAGGGGGGCCGCAGAGGCUACGGCGGCUUCAGCAGGUACGACGAAGGCUCUGGCGGCAGCGGGGAUGAGGGCAGAGACGAGGCCCACAAGCGGGAAUGGAACCUCUUCUACCAGAAGCAGAUGAGUCUGCGCAAGGGCAAAGACCCCAAGAGAGAAGAAUUUGUGCCCCCAGACGAGGAUUGUCCCCUGAAAGAGGCUUCUAGCAGGAAGAUCCCCAGGCUCACUGUGAAGGCCCGGGAGCACUGCCUGGGGCUCCUGGAGGAGGCUCUGAGUGGGAACUGCCGGGCCGCGGGCGCCUCUGACAGACCUGCCCUCCGGGCCGAGGCCGUGGAGCUGGAGCACGAGAUGUUCCGGAACGCCAAGGCGGCCAACCUGUACAAGGCCGGCGUGCUGAAGAAGGUGGCCGAGAUCCACAGGGCCUCCCAGGACGGGCAGCUCUACCACGCGGCAGGCGGUGCCCAGAGCGCCCAGGCCGGGCCCCCGGAGCCCUCGGAGCAUGACAUCCUGCCGGCCUCCCAGGUGUACUCGCUCAAACCCAAGCGCGUGGGGGCUGGUUUCCCCAAAGGUGCCUGCGCAUUCCAGACGGCCACAGAGAUGAUGGAGAAGAGGCAGGCUGAGGCACAGGCCCCCCGGCCUGCGCAGGAGUCCCCGAGCCCGCCCCGUGGCCUCCGGGAUGAGGAAAGCAGUGCGGCCGUUCCCGGGCUCAGAGGAGAGGCCCCCGGAGGCGGCGCUCGUUGUGGGGGGCCCUCCCCUGAGAAGAAGGCGAAAGGCCCCUCCAGGGCCGGUUCCCCCGCCCAGGUCCGCGCCAGCAGGAAGCAGCACCUCCUGGCCGCUGCGGCGCGGAGGGAUUCUCAGGGCAUCGCCCGCUUCUUCUGCCGGAGGGCUGGGAGCCCCCCUCCGCUGGCCUCAGCCCCAGGGGCAGAGGGCUCCAGCCCUUCCUGCGGUGGGCUGCAGGGGCCCCUGGCUGAGGCCCCAGUGCAGUGCUCCGCGGAGGAGGAGGACGGAGCCCCGGGAUGCGUGGCUGCCCUUCCACAGGCGGAGGGGUACGCAGAGAAGGGGCCGAGUGCCCGCCCACCCGGAGACCUGGGGCCCCCUGGAGGCCAGCCCACCCCCGCAGUGGAGACACAGAGGGGCAAGCGGCCCAGGCCCCUGCAGGACAACCCGGAGAACCAGGCCCAGAAGAGGCCCCGCCCUUCAGCCAAUGGCUCCAUCUUAGCCAAGGCCGGGGACAGCACCUCGCCCGGCGACCAGGGCCCCGCAGAGCCCGCAGCCCACGGCCCCCGCCGGCUCCCGGCUCCCGGCCUCUCCCUGAAGGUGGCUGCGGAGGUCGUGGUCAAGUGCCUGACCCCUUUCUACAAAGAGGGCAAGUUCGCAUCCAAGGAACUGUUCAAAGGCUUCGCCCGCCACCUCUCCCACUCGCUGGCUCAGCGGUCCUGCCCGGGAGGGAGCGUGAAGGAAGAGGCCCGGAACCUCAUCGAGCAGUUCUUCCACGGCCGGGCCCGCUGCGAGAGCGAGGCCGACUGGGACAGCCCGUGUGACCCGCAGACGUGACCGGCCGCAGGCCACCCCGGCUGGGCCUGACUCGGAAGUGGGGAGGGUGGACAGGCCACCGCCGCCAGUGGCACCUCUUUCCUCAGGGUCCUCCCGCUUCCAGCCACUCCUUGCCGAGGAGAUGGCCUAGACUCCUCCCAAAUCGAGGUCAGCAGCCGGGAGCAGCCCCCCCUUCUUGCUGCUUGCAAGGCCUGAGGCCCUCUUCCUCCCAGCCUCCCCUGGCCUGUCUUCUGAGUCGGGUCCCCAGGUCAGAGGGUGUGGGAGGUGCGGCUGCUGCCCCGGGAACAGGAAGGAGAAAGGGCUCCUCCGCCUCCUGACCUGAAGUUGUAAGCCCGGGCCAGGCCCACCUGUGCGAGGCAUCGGGGCCCUCG